AUGGUGAUUUUGGCGAAGAGCAGCCCGGACUGCAUCAUCUGGUGUGGUGUGCUGCACCAGUCCGUGCUUUCUCAUUUCCGCCAGCCUCCCUCCCCCCCCUCCCUCCUCGUCCACCUCCACCUCCACCUCCAUCUCCACGACCACCACCCCUUCGCCUUCUACGCUCAGCAACAUCACGUCUUGGCACCCACUUUCAAUUGUUGGCCUUGGCGAUUGUUGAAUUCUCUACCUUCCACUCUUGCCAACUCUUUCGGCGCCAACAUCCUCAACCACUCGCUGUUACCGCGGACGAUUUUCGAUGAUAUGUGCAAGAAGCAGGAUUUGGGCGCCUUCCAAUUUCACGCAAUCGCCUUGGUUCUCAGCCACCAGCGUGCAAGGUCUCUUGCGCUGUACUCGGGCAACACUCCAGCUGUGCGCAUCUCCUGCACUGGCAAGAUGAGUAGACAGAUGCUUGUGGCCGGGAGAACGGCUACGAUUACUCCUCUUGACUACCGGUCUGCAGCGGCUGAUGCAAUCCUGGCGCCGGGCUGCUCGCCUUAUCCUGACACAGAAGUUCCAUGUCAGAACAUUAUGACAGUCCGCCGAAAGAGACCCCGAUGGUAUUCCACGGCUCAUGCUUCCGACGAGGUCCGCCUUCCACCCGGCGACGAGCACGGCGUCGGCAAGAUCAUGGAGCUGUGCAUCUGUCGUACUGGGAGCAUGCGACUAUGCCUUCCAAGCAUCGUGGCUACGACUUCGCUUCUGACAUUUCUCUGGCUCACAGGGACUGGGUCUUGGCUGCGUUUGACAGCUUUUGUCUCACAUAACACUCGAUGGUGCCUGCAUCACUGGAAGCACUUAGAUAUACAUUGGUCGAUCAGGACGUUACUCAUCUGCUUCACUCGUUGCACCCGGCAGUGGAAGGUAAGGCUGAGGCCUGGCGACUUCCUUCGUCAUAUCACAGCUCACAUCCACCCCUUUGGGAGCUCUUUACAUGCACAGGGUGGGAAUGAACGAAGACUGUACUAUCUCGUGCUGCCAGUCAUCAACUGGAACUCUUGGUUUGACGACAAUAUUCGCGGAACGACAGUCACAGCCUGCAAGUGGUUCGAAAGACAUAUAAAUGCUCUCAACUACCGAGCCGACAGUGAUCUCAGAUCAAUACUCGGCUGCAGAAAUAUGGCGCCUUGGUGGUGGGUGAAGUGGAUCCGCAGGCCGUGUCGAGGCCAAAUCGGGCGGUACGCAUUGACGAAGAACGCCACAAGCAUUGGAAUGGGUGUGCGAGCAAGACAGAUGCUUUCCCGCCGGAAUCUGAGUUCCUCGUCUCACUAUUGGAAGUGCGUUGUCACAGUCCCUGUCAGUCCUGAGUCGCUACUUCACCCAAUCUUCCAGCCCUAUCACCCAUGCAACAUCGCACGUGCUGUUGCAGCCUUCCUCUCCCUCUCGACCAGUCAUCGCCCGACAUCGCUGCCAACGACUCUUCGCAAGGCAAUGCCUCAGCACCGUGGUCCAAGCUCUGCCGAUCACUGCAAUACCACAAUAUGCGGCAGCCUCACAUGCCACGCAGCGGUCGAGGGAUACAAGUCUGGCACCAUCGUGCUCAGCAUGUCCUGCCAAUGCUUUCGCCAGACAAGCAUUCCACAAUGCUCGCUUGGCCGCCAGCAACUUAGGGCACUGCGCAUCCUCGCAUGCCCGAUCAACAACACCGUCAUCGCGGUGACAUACGAUAUCCACGGGCACCAUAAGUAUGUCGUCUUCACCGCCAACGAGGCCUCGCAGUCUUCAGCAUCAUUCGUGCUAAGCUCAUCAUCAGACUUGCAAACCAGCACUGGCAAAGGUCCUUCACCACUUGCUCUUGCAUUCGCACGGUCACUGCAGCCAGCUUGGUGGCCGCUACCGCCUCACUUUACCCUACCUGAUCUUCUGCACCCAACUUCUUCUACUUGCACCUCCAGUAACAUCUGCUCCAUCGUCCCAGAAUCAACUCAUUCUCGAUCCAGCACCUUACGAAGAUGUCGGCACCCAGUGACCAACCCAGAGUCUGUUCCCACUGGCAACCUGGUCAGCGCUUUUUCUCCUGCCAAACAUGCCUGGACAGAAUCCAUCUUGGAUACACUCUGCUUAGCCACAGCGAACAUGAAAGCAUGCGGCGCUACUUACGGGACGAGCAAGCAAGGGCCCAACGUGAGUAAAAUUUUGUCGAGAGGAGGCCGUCGGAUUCCACUGACCUCGGCCAGCCUGGGACAAGGGCGCGACACCCGAACAGGUCCCACUUCCGGCCUUGGAUCCGUGCUCGACACUUGGGGCAGAGAGGUCCUGCCUUCUACGUACCCGUACGCAAGAGAGCUCACGGAGUUGGACAGCGUCAGUGGAUUCGACGUGAGUCGUAAUGGAGACCAAUCCAACCAGCAGAACAGUCGCGCUCCUCGACCGCCGCCGCGCCGUCGAACGUCAAGUGCAACGCAAUACGUGAACCCAGGACCUUCUGAUCGAAGAAUGGACAGUAGUCAGCAGAUCACAUAUCGCAUCCACAACUCCGCGCAACGACGAAGACCGCUACGUUCCAUCACAGGCACCUCGGCUCACAACUCCCGCAACUCAAGAUCUACCUCUAAUGAAGAUGUGGGUGAGAGUACCGACUUCGUCGAAGAGACCGAGAGGCCGCUACUAGUCUUGCUUGCGGGUCACCCUCAUAUAUCUCUCGUCCAUACCACGUGGACAUCUUUCAGUCUUGUUUUGAUCGUCCUGGCUCCCGUACGCAAACCUCGCGCCAAGAAACAACGUGAAACAUCACAGCCCUCCCGCAACGCACCAAAGACUGCGACACACGAAUCCUCGACCACAACUCGCACUUCUCAAGAACUUUUCUCACCAAGAUCUCAAGACGCUCAUCUCUCCUCCUUUUUAGCACCUCCCGCAAUCCAACCUAGCACUUCGCUGCUCUCGGCUUCUAGUCAUUUUUCGAAGUCUGCUGCAUCGCCCCCUGUCGUACUUCAGAGGCUCGAUUCCCAACUCAUGCUGUCUCCUGGCUAG